GACGAAGAGGGUACCACCCCUUGGCGCCGCUGGUUUUCCAGCAAAAACUACAACUCCCAAAAACCUUUGCGAUAACCGGUCAGGUGGUUGAAGACGCAACUUCCUUCCCCGUCCUUCUUGCCCUUUGACCUAAGAUGGCGACUUCCAAGAAGAAGCAUGUAAAAGCUGAAGAGGCUGUCGUCGCCCCUGUAGGAUACACGGCUAUUCCAAUUAAGUUCUCCGAAGAGUAUCAAUCACCUCACUAUCUUUAUGUGAAGGAGCACAAAGUCAGAGAGGACACAGAUCCUAACAAGCCUCCAAACCGUACCCUAUUUGUCCUUAAUGUUCCUCCAUAUUGUACAGAGGAAUGUUUAUCAAGGUUGUUCUCCAGUUGCUGUUCGGUACAGUCUGUGGAGAUGUGUGGAAAGCCAACACUGGGAGAAAAGCCAGAAGCACCCAAGUCCAAGUUCUUCAGUACAAAGACACUUCUGGGGUUCCAGGUUGCCUAUGUGGUGUUUAAGAGUCCAGCUGGAAUACAGGCUGCCAAAUCCUUAUCAACACAGGGGCCCCUAGUGAUAUCUUCUGACAAACACCCUGUGAAAACUGGUGUUCACAAAUGGAUUGCCAGGUAUGCAGCUUCCCUUGUGGAUCCUGUUGAGCUGAAGACAGAGGUGGACACUUUCAUGCAAGGCUAUGACCAGAAGGUUGCAGAGGAAGAGGCGAAAGCUGAGGAGGAAGAUGGUGUCCCAGAUGAGGAAGGGUGGGUGAGGGUGACAAGGAAAGGUCGACGGCCUGGACUCCCACGGACAGAGGCAGCCAACUUGAGGGCGCUGGAGAGGGAAAAACGCAAGAGGGCACGCAAGGAGCUGCUCAACUUCUACGCUUGGCAACAUCGUGAGACCAAGAGGGAGCACAUAGCCCAGCUACGGAAGAAAUUUGAAGAGGACAAACAGAAAAUAGCACUCAUGCGAGCACAGAGAAAGUUCCGGCCGUACUGAGUUGCAGAAUCUACAACUGCUGCCAAAAGGACAGUUGUCACAGUAAGCAGGCGGAGGAAGUUUUUGUGGGGCUUCUGGGAAGCCUGUCCCAAUACCGGCUCUUUCCCCUGUAAUAUCUCCUGAACUGUGAUGGAUGAAAUGGUAGUUGUAGGCUCCACAUAUGUGCUCAAGUUGUUUUAAGGCUGGCAGAUUGCAAAUGGGCAUCCAUAUGAAUGACUGCUCUGUAGGUUGUGGGUCUGUGGCACAUGCUUCAUUUUGCCAAAAGAGUCCAUGCCCAUACACCAUAAGGACUUCUACUGCAUUUCAAUUGAAAUAGAUUUUUCUAUGUGCUA